UCCGCUACCUUCUCCUCCCCAAUGUAGCUACAGCAGCCGUAUCAUCCCAUGUCCCCAAUCCAAAUCAUUUUACUAUUUCGGCGGCGAAAACCGCUUACUCGCCAUCCCCACCACCGACACCUUCACCACGCUUACACUUUUUUCCCUCUCCACCUUUCUCCGCCUGGCCACCCUAUUUGUUCUCAAAUACCAACUCCCGAAUCACGACCUUGACUCUCUCAUUUCCAUCUCAACCGAUGAUGAUCUACAAAUCAUGUUGGAAGAGCACAAGAGACUCUUCUAGUUCUACUGUUGUGUCUUCACGUAUCAGGUUGUUUCUUUUUCCGGUUGGCAAUGGCGUUAAAGCUGAGUUGACUCAUCCUAAACGAGAGAGCUGGUUUGGUGAUGCUCUGAGGAGUGCAAGAGUGGGGUUUGGAGGUGAAAGUGGUGAACAGGCUGAGUCUAUUCCUUUGGAAACUUCUUCUUCUUUUGGUUCUACUUCUUCUUCGAUUUCUUUGUCCAGUUUGCCUCCAAUCAAACACUCGCCAGAUUCAAUAUCAAGCGAUGAAUGUGUCGGGAGUGCUGUUUCUAACGUACAGACUGGAGCUUUUCAAGACCAAGUUGGCCGCAUUGCUUCAAUGGAGAACAUGCUCUGUUCUAACCCUUUUGAAUCAGACAAGAAAUUUGCUGAUCCUUCCUCUGGGAUUGAGGUGCAUAGAGCAAUUCAUGCUUCUGGAUUUCCGGUAAAUCUGAUGCAUUUACCUAAGCGGCAAACAAAAGUAAUUCACUAGGAUACUCAUUACGUGCCACCGAGCAUGCCUGGAACACAGCCUGUUAUGUCAUAUUACCCAGUCUAUUAUCCAGUGCCACAGCAGCACCUCGAUUAUCAAUCAAAUCAGCCUUAUCCAAUAUUAUGUCCCGGUUGCACCGACUCAGCCCAACAAUAUACCUGUGCAAAACGGUAUGGUUCAAGCAAUGAAUAUCGGUGCUGGUCAGCCCCAAGCUCUUCCUAAUGCUUCUUUGAUUCCAACUCAAGUGGUUCUCAAGGAGGUUGCAGCAGCACCUCAAUCUGUAGUCGACUUAUCCUCCCAACAAUACCAAAAAAUUCCAGCAGCACACCAACAUAUUCAUGUACCUCAUACCGAGACUGAAACAAUGUUUGCAGGGGCUCAAAUUCAGCACCAACCUCCCGCUGGUGAAACUGCGAAUCAUACUAACAGACUUGAUGAUGACCCUGCUCGAGUCCAAAUAUACAAAUCUCAACCAACCCCACCAAUGUUGACUUCACAGUAUCAAACAAUGACAAAAGCCACGACAUUGCUUUUGUCCGAGGCUCUGGCAAAGUUGCAUACAGACAAUGCUGAACAACAAAUUACAGCAUUGGAACCAUAAUGAUUUGGCUCUCCAUCUGGGAAAACAAUUUUGGUAGGUGUCUUGGUAACGUUGUAGUGGUAUAUGUUACUUGCCUGCCAUAUAAAUAGACAAUUUGAUUCCUCUCCGACUUAAUUUCUUUUGUUUCACUUUUUUGGUUUGUUUUUCUUGGAUGUUCUUGAAAUUGUAGUGUUCCAAACAAAGUGUUUUAUGGUUCGAAUUGUCUCUCCAUCUUCUUGUUGUUA